UUUGCUGCGUUCUCCAAGCACCGCAAACCCAUUCGCCUGUCCCAUAACAUCAAGAAGUCUUCUUGAGCGCAACCGUUUUUCUGCUCCAUCGAGUGCUCUUGCUGUGUGAGGAUGCGCGUGCUCGAUGGAGCGAAGAAGAGCUUUUUCGACUCCGCCUCCAGCAGUCGUCGCCCAUUUCGGCACACGGAGACUUGUUGUCAGUCGCAAUCAUGUUUCUGCCCAUGAGCCACGAGGUCAGCGCCGCGAUGACCACCUUGCUGCUCGACCGACGGCCGCCGGUACCUCCGACCUCGCCACCCUCGUCCAAGUCGCUCAAGUUCGGCAUGGACCGCAUUUUGGCCGACAGCUCCUCGACCGGCAGAAAAACAGAUUCGCACAUUGAAUGCGGUGUCCAGUCGCUGGAGCCGAGGGUGUCCUUUGCGUGUCAGCGGUGCUGCGGAAGCUGCGAGGCGGGCAACUCGAUGGUGCCCUGUUCCGAGUGCGUGAGUUCCCUUCUGCACUGCUGCACCGUGUCCGCACCACCUCUCGCCCCUUCUUCCGCCUACCCUUACGCUCCCCUGCCGUACCUGUCGCAGCACCACACCGCCGCAACUCAACACUACAAUAGCAUUUACAAUCCUGAGCUAUCCCACGGCGCCAAGUCGCAUUCUGUUGGAGCUUCGCACGAAUCGCCACACAAUCAAACCUCUGCAACCGGCUCUAAUAAAAGAAAAAGGUCCUGGUCACGAGCAGUUUUUUCCAACUUGCAGCGCAAGGGCCUGGAAAAGCGAUUCCAAAUUCAGAAGUACAUCACCAAGCCAGACAGGAGACAACUCGCCGCCACACUUGGACUCACAGAUGCUCAGGUGAAAGUUUGGUUCCAAAACCGUCGAAUGAAGUGGCGACACAGCAAAGAGGCCAAGUUAGGCGUUUCGCCCUCAACGACAGGUGUAUGCGUUUCGGCAAACGUAAUCAUGGGGCACGCAGUCCCCGUCGAGGCAGUCCGCGUCGAUUUUGACAGAGGCGCGGCGGACUCGACUCAAAUCGAGUCACCCACUGACUUUGUUUCGUCUGACGAGGACUCGGAAGUCGACGUUGAGGUUAUGAGCUGAUGAAAAGAAAAUUGCCAAAAACAUUCAUAGUGCUGUACAUUGUGCCAUAGUGUGUGCCUUGAAUUUUCAAAAGAAAUGACUCGAAUGAAAAAUCACCUUUUAAUUAAAAAAUUAAAUAUGUUUCAAACAUGAUAAGGAUAAAGAAUUGUGCCAAAAUAAACUUAAUUAAU